UAAAAAAAAUCUUUCUUUCACUCAAUUUUUGACAGCAGGGAAGGCAACCAUGUCGGCCCACAAGACAUUUAUUAUCAAGCGGAAGCUCGCUAAGAAACUAAAACAAAACAGACCAAUUCCCCAAUGGGUACGAAUGCGCACUGGAAAUACCAUUCGUUACAACGCUAAGAGGCGUCACUGGAGGAGAACUAAGCUGAAGCUGUAAGCUUACUGUCUUGUAUCUGUUAAGUAAAUAAAUAAUGUAAAAUUUA